ACAAUGCUUUUUAUCAGAAAUCAAAGAUGAUCCGGUGACUUUAAUUUUGUAUAAUUUUGUUCCUUAUAUUAUUGCUUGUAGAUUUGAAUUAAUUGUGUUCAGAUUGUUACUGCAAGUAUUUUUUAAGCACUUGCUAGCUAAGCAAAGUAAUUAUAAUUGUACUUUUGACGAAGUACUCUGUACAGAAUUUUUAAAAAUUCUCUGCCCUUUGGGCGGUCGUGUAAACCCCGUAGUCAGGUUCAUCACGUUGUUGCUCGCCGAAAGCCGCAAGUUGAAAUCGAUGAUGUUAGAUGCCAGAGCUUAGAUGAUAAAUAUGAAUUUCAUAGUAGUUGAAUGAUGAUGCUAAUUGUGGGAGGAGGGAAUCCUGCCGGUCCCAGAAUGACUAGACUGAAUAAUAGUUUAUUGAAUGGCUGAGCGAGAUGGAGGUAAUCCAAAUCAAAAAUAUUUAAUGGAUCAUUCAGAAAAUGUGGACUUAACAGAAAAAUCUGAAGAAUUCAAAAAAUUAGUUGAAUAUGGUUUAAAUCCCAAAGUUGUGAAUAAAUUAGAAGAAAUCUUCAAAACAGGCAAAUUAACAUACCAUGAUUUGGAUGAAAGAGCUUUAGAUGCUAUUAAAGAAUUUCCUGUGGAUGGUGCUUUUACAGUUCUAAAACAGUUUCUGGACAGCAGUUUAGAACACGUUUCUAACAAAAGUGCGUUUCUUUGUGGUGUUAUGAAAACUUAUCGUCAAAAAAUGAAAGUUCCUUCUAAUCCAAGUACUGGGGCUACCAAAGGACCCGAUGAGGAAAAAAUUAAGGCUAUUCUUGACAGAACUGGUUACACUCUUGAUGUUACAACUGGUCAGCGAAAAUAUGGAGGACCACCCCCUAAUUGGACCGGACCUCCUCCUGGAAGUGGUUGUGAGAUUUUUGUAGGAAAAAUUCCAAAAGAUAUUUUUGAAGACGAGCUUAUUCCUUUAUUUGAAAAAUGUGGACCUCUGUGGGAUCUACGACUUAUGAUGGACCCUUUAACUGGCCAAAAUCGUGGCUAUGCUUUUAUUACUUAUAAAACUAAACAGGGAGCACAAAAUGCAGUUAAACAACUGGAUAAUCAUGAAAUCAGAAAAGGGAAAUUUAUUGGUGUUACUGUAUCUAUAAAUAAUCAUAGAUUAUUUGUUGGGAACAUUCCAAAAAAUAGAGGCAAAGAUGAGCUCUUUGAAGAAUUCACUAAGCAUGCUCCUGGCCUGACUGAAGUAAUUAUUUACAGUUCUCCUGAUGAUAAAAAGAAAAACAGAGGCUUUUGUUUCUUGGAAUAUGAUUCCCAUAAAGCUGCAUCUUUAGCUAAAAGACGACUUAGCACUGGCCGAAUCAAAGUCUGGGGAUGUGAUAUAAUUGUAGAUUGGGCAGACCCUCAAGAAGAACCAGAUGAAGAGACCAUGUCAAAAGUGAAGGUUUUGUAUGCUAGAAAUUUAACAGCUGAUGUUACAGAAGAAAAGUUGAAGGAGAUGUUUGAACAAUAUGGUAAAGUAGAAAGAGUGAAAAAAAUCAAAGAUUAUGCUUUCAUCCAUUUUGACGAUAGGGACCAUGCAGUAAAAGCAAUGAAUGCUCUCAAUGGAAAAGAAGUGUGUGGAGCUCCUAUGCAAGUCUCAUUGGCUAAACCUCCAUCUGACAAAAAGAAAAAGGAAGAAAUUCUGCGUAAUCGAGAACGACGAAUGAUGCAGAUGAUGCAGCAGCGAGCAAUGAUGAUGGGUAUCCCUCCUCCUCCACCACGAGGUAGAGGAACUAGGUUACCCAUGCCGGCAGCUCGCAACUAUGAUUAUGACUACGACUACUACGGGUAUGGUGACUAUCAGGGAGGCUACGCCGCCGACCCCUACUAUGAUGACUAUUAUGGCGGCCGCUAUGAUGACUAUUACGACUAUGGAUACGGAGCCACACCCCGUCUUAGAGAGCCCGUGGGUCGAGCCCGAGCCGGACCAGAGAGGGCUCGUGCUGGCCGUGGCCUUCCCCGUGGCCGCACCGCUGGACCCCCGACCCCUCGUGGCCGGGUAGUCCCUCCACCCCUCGGCCGAGGUACCCGUGGUCUCUCCCGUGGAAUUCCCCCCGUGGUUCACCUCCAUGGCUCCAUCCCACGGGGCGGGCUGGUCGGUAAACGGAAGUUCGACACACCCAGCCACGUCAAUCAGGGGGACUCAAAACGCCGCUUCCAGAAUAGUGGGGCUGGGCAAUGGGGUAGCCAUCCCAUUCCGCAGCAGCCUCUUACUUCCAGUGGGUACAAUGGCUACCGCAACCGCACACCAGGGAAUCCUGCUCACUGGUACCAAGACUCUUACGGACAGCAGUGGGGCUAAAAUUAAUUUGGGGAAGGAUAAAUUAAAAAAAAAAAAAAAACUUUUUAUACUUGACUUUUGUGGAGCCAACUUUAAAACUUUUGUUUUUGUUUUUCAUUCACGAGGAAGUGUCCUUGUUUUUUUUUGACGAAAAAAAGGGGAGCAAUCUUCCUAAUUUAUAUGUUCUUUGAUGAUGGUACUACUAUUACAGCUUUUGAUGUGUUUUGGCUGUUAUUCCCGCCCAUGCCUCCUCUACUCAUCCUAAUCUAUUGUACAGAAUUGCAAUUGUUACAAGCCAGGGUAAUUUCAGGCGUGGCAAACAAAAUAUGAAUUGUAGUAAUGUGUUCAUUUAUGCAUGGAGAAUUGUGUAUAACUGCUUUUAUCUGUGUGGGCUUUUCAUCCAUCAUGUUUACUUGUUGACAUAUUACUGACGAAAAAUUGUUCUUAUGACUAGUUGAUUCCUAAGUAAAGGAAUUGUUAAGUUUAUGGAUAUAUGCUUGCUGUUUAUAUAGUUUGUUUUUCAUCAGCAAUAUAUUACUUUAUACUUUUUUUUUUUUCCCCAUUUCAAAAAAAUUAACUGUGUUCUAUAAACACAAUUAAAUUUUGAGAAGAAAAUUGUAUUUGUCUUGCGGUUUUUUUGAGAAUGUUGUGCUUCAGCAUGUAUUUUUUAUGCUAAUCAUAUUUUUAUGUUCUAAUUUGCUUUAGCUUUUUUUUUUUUUUUUUUUUUUUUCAAUGCUCUUGGGGUGUGAUAUAAUUGGUCCACAUAAGGGUAAACCAGCAUCACUGCCAGUUACUGUGAUAGUUUAUUUGGAGUAUACUAGGUACCAGAAUGAACUUGAAAAUUUAAUUUAGUUUGAAGAUUUUUUUUUUUUUUUGUAACUAAUUAAUAACAUUCUCAGGAGAAAAUAAUCAAUACAAAUAAGACAUAGUUUUAAAAAUUGCUUUAUGUAGAAUUUUAUGUUUGACUCUAACAAUGUUUGCUGCUUUAAAAAAUUAAGUUUACAUCUGCAUAUUUAAAAGAAACAAUUUUCAUUUAUUGUAACUUUUUGCUGGUAGACUAAUUCUUUAUAAAUUAAGUUAUAUUUACAGAGUAUUAUGCCAGAUUUUUGGACUGUUGAUAAAAUAACAGAAAAUGUUCGUUAACUGUAUAUGAUGGCAAAGCUAUUGGAAUUUUAGUUGUUUCCAUUACUGAAGCAAACAUUUUCAUGUAGGUGAAAUUUUUAAAAUGUAAUUUUUUAUUCUUAUUGAUUUGUUAUAGUGAAAUUCUGGCAGAUUGCAUUGCUAAUAAUUAGAUAUUUCGUAAAAAAAUUUGAUUCUUAAUAUUGUGACUUUUAUCUAUUUGUAAUUUGUUGUUUGAUAGCUUUUGGAACUUGCUUAAUCUUUUUCUGUGCUGUCACAUUGGCUCAUUUUGUAAAUAUAAGGCCAGAUUCAACAGAAAUGGCAAACCUUUAAUACCAAAUUUGUAAUUAAAAGAAAACAAAGAUAGUUUUUAAAUUUAUUGUAGUUUUUAUAUUGCUGAAUAUAUUAUUAAGAAAUUAGCAUUAUUGUUUUGAUGAUUUACUGUUUAUCAAGAUUUCUCGAUUCUCUUUAAAUUAUAUCAUUAUGGGAAGAUAUCAAUUUAUAUUAUAAUUCUGAUCAUUUAUACACUUUUGUUGAUUUGAUUGAAAAAUAAUCAUUUUUAUUUAUUGUGUUUGUGUAAUCAUUUUUGCAUGUUUUUUUUUAUCAUGUACACAAAUGGCUGUAUAUUUUGGCUAACAAGAUCUAGUCAGGUCUUAUUGUUGUUCUUUUUUUAUGUAGAAGACAUCAGUUUUUUUAACCAUUUGGUUACUGAGAAAGCUCUAUUGAAUUAGGCAUAUCAAGGUUUAUAUAUGUUGUGUAAGGGGAAGAUCAAUGUAAGUUUUUUUUUUUUUUCUUCUUUUUUUUUCCCCCUCUGAUUAAAUUUUACUACCUUGUAAAAGAGAAGAGAAAUGGAAUUACAUUCAAAUUGCCCUUUUUAAGUAAAGGUUUGCCUUCUCUGAUUUUGUUAUAUUAGUUGUGAGUUCUUAUUUACUCUAUUAAAAGUUGCAGAAAUUUACUUUCCCCUCUCAGAUGAUAAAAAUAGAAACAAAGUCUAAUUAUUAGAAAUUCUUAAUCUGUGUCAGAAGGAAAAGUUUAUUAUUUCAUUCAUUUCAACUUCACUUGGGAACCAUAUGUGCAAAGAAAUUUUUUAACGAAGUUGAAUGUUUUGUUUAUAUUUUUGAAAUUAUAUAUAUUUAUAUACACACAAUUAUUUUGAUUUAAUUUAUAAUCUCGGUGUUUUAUAUUAUGAAUUGGUGGAAUUUUCUUUAUGUAUUUGUUUUAUAUUAUAGAAACAAUUUGAGCUUUGUGUGCAAAUCUGAUUUGCAAAUUGUGUAUUGUGGGGAGUAGUUGUUAGUGUAAAAAAUGACUUUAAAAAAAUGAUGUGAAUUUUAGAAGUAGUAUUGAUGUUAGUGCUGUUGAUUCCCGGUACCAAUUAUUAAUAUUCUUUUAGCUAUGUACUUGUUAUCUCUGAAAUAUUGUUCAUUUCAAAUGAAUUGAUAUGCAUUAUGUUGGAUAUUUAAUCUAUUGUUACUAAAAUGUAUGCUGCAUUAUUUUGUAUUGAAGUAAUUUAGAGUUUUAUUACAAUUUCAAUCUUAUAUCAUAUUUAUUAAUGAUGUUUAUGAGACACAUUUUACUGUUUAAACCAAGGUGUGCAGUUGACUGAUUUUUUUUUCCAUGUGGUAGUUUUAGUAGUUGUGAUUAUUAAAAUUGUGUCAAAAUAUAACAGAUGCAUAUCUGGAUUGCAUCACAAGUGAAACUUUUGAAAUUGCAGAGCUCACAAGGAACUACAAAUUUCCUCAAAAUGGACGCUGAUAAUCUGUUAUUUAUAACUUGCAUUGUACAUGGAUAUUGCUUUGCAAUAUUCCUAAUUUGUCUUGUGCAGCUUUGAUAAACCAAUGAAAUUCUGUAUUGUGACAAAGUUUACUCUACAAUGACACAGAAGAAAAUUAACAGUGAAAACGACUUUAACAAGCCUAUAGACUAUUUUAAGCUCAGUCGUAAAUCAUUUCUAGGAAUCCAAAAGUGUCUUCCUACAACGGAGCACAGCCAUGUUAAUUGUGUGCUGUGAUUUAAUGCAACUAUGUCAUUAUACUCUCUAAUUUGUCCACUAAAGGUGAAACAUUAGAUAUUGAAAACAAAAAAGGAAACUGAUUUUGUGAAAGGUAAUGUUACGAGACUUAUACUCUUAUUCUUCAAUUCUUGAUGCAUAAUGUAUGAUCUAUUUUUAUUAAUUCUUUUUUUAAAGCUCAAAAUUUUUCCAUAAAUAUUAUUGGAAAAUGGCUCUCAUUUAAGAAAAAAUAAUAAUAACCGGUAAAUCAAAAUUUGUAGAAAUUUUGUUUACAACUCAUAUUUUAGAUGUGCUUAAAAUUUUCAUGAAAUUACUUUGAAUAAAUUUUUUCCUGAGCCCAUAAAUAUUUGUAUGUGAACGUUUUUUGCCCACCAAUUUUAUAUAUGUAUAUAUUAAAAAUUGUGUAAGUAUAUUUAGUCACUUUUUUUAUAAAACAUGGAGAUUGAGUAUUCUCCUGUAAUGGUGCAGUUAUUAGUAUUCAUUUUAUAAAAUAUGUUGUGAAUUUUGUCCAUGUUUUUUGGAUCAUUUGAUAUACACGAUUUGUGACAUUUUAGCACUUACACAACUAAUUAAAGAGACUGCAUAUCUUUUGGAAGAUCCAACAUUUGUUUUUUAUAUCUAAUAGUUAAUGAAAGAAAUAUCUGCUGAGAGUAAGUAAAACUUGAGAGAUAAACUUGUAAUUGAUGUUAAAAGAGCGAUAUUUUAUUAUCCAAGUGUCAAAAAUAUAAAUUCAGAAAUAAAUUUUUUCUGUAAUUUUGUAAUUACAGAAAAAUGAUGGAUUGUUAUGAGUGGUGCAGUGUUCAAAGGUAUUUGCAUCACAUUUUUUGAGAAGGCAGCUGAUUAAACUACAUUUAUGAUGACGUUUUUUGUCUAAUCUUCCAUGUUGACUGACUAUACAAUGUUUGCAGACGUGAAUUUACAAGGCUUUAGAUUUCUGAAUCAUUGUUUUUCCGCACAGGCACCUAAGACAUGCUGUAUUUAGGUUUUGUCUGCACAUGGUAAAAAAAAAUAAUAAUAAUAAAUCUUACUAUAUUGAUUGAUCAGGAAUUGCCACAGCUUGAUCAAAUUACCAUUUCUCUAUUGCUUAUUUGCGACUGAUUUGAUGUACAAAAACCCGUCAUGUCAAGUCUCCUGGAAAUCUACUAUCUGGAUUUUUAAAUGAAAAGUAUGGAAAUUUAAACUGACAAGACUGCAGAAGUGUCAUGUUCUUCAAGCAUUUUAAAUGUCAUAAUCUUUUCUCUCUUGUAUUGGACUGCAUUUUAUUGCAAGAGUUGAAAAUUACCAAACCUUAUGAAAGGAUAUGUAAAGUUUGGAAAUUGAUGAUGAAUUUGUGUUUUAGGUGUCAUUUCAGAGAAUACAAAUUUGUACUGAAUAUGGAGAAAAAGGUUUAUUUUUUAUAGAUGUUGAUUUCCGAAAUAACCGUCAUUCUCUGAAGUUCAUGUUUUAUCUUACCGUUUACUAAAUCUAGAUUGAUAAUUGCAUGUUUAUAAAUGUCUGAAAUCUUUUGUGCUCGAUUAUCUGGACACAAUAUCAGUAUAUAAAUGCAACAUCUGUGUUAGACUACUAAGAGCAUCGACGAAGCAAAAAACCUUUUUCUCCAAUAAAUGUAUCUUGAAAGUCUACAUUCUGUGUUUUGAAUUUUUGGAAAAAUGUAGUAUCUUUGCUCUUGUCAUUAUUAUAAUCUAUGGUUUUAUUGUUAAUGUUUUUGGCUUCCGUGAAAUUUUUGCUUUAUUGGUGGCAGUACCUAUUGUUAGUUUUAAAAUAUAAUUGUUGUGUGAAUUUGAAAUAGCCAAGAAAUUCUAAACUCCCUUUUCAAACUAAAUGUGUGGUUUUUGUGGUGUAAAAUUUUGAAACUAAAACCUCUGGAUUAUUAGAUUGUUGUAUGUUUUUUAUAACUGCUUGUACCUUAUAUGCAUGUGUCAGCUUAAAUUUAAAAUUCUGAAGAAAAAAAACCAAAAAAAAAAGGUCCUGAUGCACUUAUUAUGAAUCUAGUUCAUGGUUGUCAUUAGUUAACCUUAUGGUGAAAAUCAUUGCCAUAAUGUGGCACUAACUUUUUAAUUUCUUGGUGUGCUUAAAAAAUUUUCCAAUGGUGUUUGUGCACUUAUACAAUAUGAAAAAUUAGAUAUUAUUUAGAUUUAAAUAUUUUGGCUCAAUGUACUUGAAAGAUUCUAUAAGAAUCGGCACCUUAGUGCGUGAUUUAUUGUAGAAUGUUAUGUGUGAUUGGUGUUAAGGCCAGCACUAAAAAUUUACAAUCUAAAUUUAAUUUCCCUUUGUAUGGUGAUUGAAUUCAAAGUGAUGGUUUUGUUAGUCUGGAAAUGAUUACGAGCAGAAGAGAAUGCUAUACAUAAAAGAAGAAGAAAAAAAAAAUAAUAAUAAAUUCAGAAAAUGUGCUGAUGAAAAGAAUUGUGAGAAUUCCUCAAUUUGAGCCAGAAUAGUUGGCAGGUUCUCUUAUGAAUCUUUAUUUCUCUUCUUUAAUGUGCAAUUAUGAAAAUCAUUUGUUUUUAGAAUACAUAUGAUUUGUUAGUCAAUUUAAAUGAGAAUGGAUUUCUUUUAAAUCUUUUUGAAAAUUUUUUUUUAAUUAGAUUUAAAAAGGUGUUCAUUGGUGUCUCUCUUUGCAUUGUGGAAUGUUUUUUGAAUCAAUCACUUCAAUCUUUCCUUUUAUGGUUUUCUAGUCCUACAUUCUUCAGCUUUUUCUCUUGUAGCUGUUGUAUUCAGGCAAUAUUUUACAGGAAAAAAAUUGUUUUCUGUAAUGUUGUACUUCUUUUUUUAGCUGUGUUUGAUUCCCCUGAUACUGGUGGCUAUGCCCUGAAUGAAAAAAAAAAAGUGAAAAAUCUUGUAAAACUUGUCUGGAAUAAACCAGUUUGGUUUUA